AUGAAGAAGGAGGUGUGCUCGGUGGCCUUCCUCAAGGCCGUGUUCGCUGAGUUCCUCGCCACCCUCAUCUUCGUCUUCUUUGGCCUCGGCUCAGCUCUCAAGUGGCAGUCUGCGCUGCCCACCAUCCUGCAGAUCUCACUGGCUUUCGGUCUGGCAAUAGGCACUCUGGCCCAGUCUUUGGGGCCCGUGAGUGGAGGCCACAUAAACCCGGCCAUCACCCUCGCCCUCCUGGUGGGCAACCAGAUCUCCCUGCUCCGCGCCAUCUUCUACGUGUCCGCCCAGCUGGUGGGCGCCAUCGCGGGCGCCGGCAUCCUCUACGGGCUGGCACCGGCCAGUGCACGGAGCAACCUGGCGGUCAACGCCCUCAACAACAACACGACGCCCGGCCAGGCCGUGGUGGUGGAGAUGAUCCUGACCUUCCAGCUGGCCCUCUGUAUCUUUGCCUCCACUGACUCUCGCCGCACCAGUCCUGUGGGGUCCCCGGCCCUGUCCAUUGGCCUGUCUGUCACACUGGGCCACCUUGUAGGGAUCUACUUCACCGGCUGCUCCAUGAACCCGGCCCGCUCCUUUGGACCCGCGGUUGUCAUGAAGCGGUUUAGCCCUGUGCACUGGGUGUUCUGGGUGGGGCCCAUCGUGGGGGCCAUCGUGGCAGCCAUCCUCUACUUCUACCUGCUCUUCCCCAAAUCUUUAAGCCUGAGCGAGCGUGUGGCCGUGGUCAGGGGCACGUAUCAGCCAGAGGAGGACUGGGAGGAGCAUCGGGAGGAGCGGAAGAAGACUAUGGAGCUGACCUCCCACUGA